UUAUAACCCAAUGUGUCGCAGAUAUAAACAUAAAAGAUUAAUGAUUUUCAAGAAGGCAGCAAAUAUUUAUUUGUGUAGAUAGAAGCAAUCUCUUGAUCAUGAGAUAAAUCCUGCAACAAAUAUUACAACUCUACAUAGACUAGACAUAUCUUUACGCAAAACAUUUCGUACCUACUACCUUGUGUUUACAAACUCUAGUGAGGUGGGAAUACGAGAGGUUAAGAAAUAUGAGUUUUGCGAGAAAUAAACUUUCGAAGCUAUUUCGACCAGUAAAUGUUCUUCCGAAAAACGUCGAAGUGCAAUACGAUGGAAUUUCGAAGAGUCAGAAGCUGAUGCUGGACAUGGGCUUUAUAAGAGCUGCUAGCCCAGGAUUUUUUCAUCUGUUACCUCUUGGAGAAAGAGCUUUGCAAAAACUUAUUAACAUUGUUGAAAAGUACAUGCAAACUAUUGGUGCACAAAAAAUACUAUUACCAUUAUUGACAAAUGCACAGUUGUGGAAAGCAUCAGGUAGAUGGACCACAGAAGAGCUGCUUACUCUGCAGGAUCGACACAACAAGACUUAUGUACUGAGCCCAACACAUGAAGAAGCAGUUACUGACCUGAUAGCAUCUGUACCACAAUUAUCACAUCACCAUUUCCCACUCUUAUUGUAUCAGAUAGGAAGUAAGUUCCGAGAUGAAAUGAAACCACGGUUUGGUUUAAUGAGAGCAAGAGAGUUUAUUAUGAAAGACUUGUACUCGUUUGAUACCUCAGUUGAAAAUGCAGAAGUCACAUAUGACACUGUAACUACAGCUUACAGCAACAUCUUUAAGGAAAUAGGGGUUGAAUGUAUGAAAGUUCAGGCGGCAUCAGGUAUAAUGGGUGGGACUCUUUCCCAUGAGUACCACUUCAUUUCUGAAGCAGGGGAAGACAGAUUAUAUAUUUGUGAAAGUUGCAACUAUGUUGUAAGUGAAGACAUUUUUUCUGGAGAAUGCCCAGAAUGCAAAAGCAAAAAUUUCAAGAGACGGAUUGGGAUAGAGGUGGGCCAUACAUUCUUGCUUGGUACAAGAUAUUCAGCUCCACUAAAAGCAGUAUUUCAGACAUCAGAUGGUACCAACGGAAUUUUGCAGAUGGGGUGCUUUGGCCUGGGGCUUACAAGAAUUCUAGCAGCUGUUAUUGAAUCUCUGUCUUUGUCAUCAGAAAUUAGAUUACCCUUUUCCUUAGCUCCAUUCAAAACUUUAAUCAUACCACCAAAGGAGGGCAGUAAAGAAAGUUUUACAACAUAUUUGUCUGAAGAAUUAUAUGACACAAUCAAUUCUUUAGAAUUAUUCAAAAAUGAUGUUGUGAUAGAUGACAGAUGUCAUUUAACAAUUGGAAAGAGGUUAAUGGAAGGACGAAAAAGUGGAUUCCCAUUUAUAAUUAUUGUGGGUAAAAAGGCAGUUGCUACACCACCAUGCUUUGAAGUACAUGAUGUUUUGAGUAAUAUGGAAAUAUCACUUCCUCUUCCUGAUCUGAUCAAGUUUAUACAAGAGAGGGUGAAAGUAGAUACCAUUUCAGAAAUGGAAGUUUCUGUUUCUUCCAGUGUAUAAUUCACUAAAUUUUCUUAAAAGUUGUUGUGAAUAAUCACAUCAAACUUAAUUUAUGCCCACUGUGAAAAUAAAAAUAUAUUUAUAUGAGCAAACA